AUGGCCGCACCGUGCUUCCUCGUCCUAGUCGUCCUAGCAGCUACAGCCUCCUCCUCCAGGAGUGCUAUAGCCAACGGGAGCUGCUUCCCGGCCGAGAGGACUGCGCUGCUGGCCUUCAAGGCCGGCAUCACAAGCGAUCCACAAAAUCUCCUCAUCUCGUGGCAGCAAGGACACCAUGACUGCUGCCGGUGGGGAGGCGUCACCUGCAGCAGCCGGACAGGCCAUGUCAUCAAACUCGACCUCCGCAACCGUUCCCCAACAGCGGAUGAAUCUUUAACGUAUCUCAACCUCUCCUACGUGGGUUUCCAUGGUCUAGUGCCUCCUCAGCUAGGCAACCUCUCCAACCUGGUACUACUUGACAUCCACAAUGAUAUUACCUACAAGAGUCUAUACUCAAAGGAUAUAUCUUGGUUAGCGCGUCUCCACUCGCUAGAGCAUCUCAACAUGGCUGCCAUCAACCUCAGCGGAGUCGUUGACUGGGCACUUCCGGUCGAUGCUCUUCCCAAUUUGGUUGUAUUAAUUCUCAGGUCAUGUGGUAUUAAUAUGAUUAAUGCUCCGUCAACACUUGUGCAACACAACCUUACAGUUCUCGAGGAGCUUGACCUUUCCUAUAACUCUUUGAACAUCCCAGCUACAUCCGGUUGGUUCUGGGAUGUAACUAGCCUCAAGAGCUUAAGCUUAAUGUCUUGUGGAUUAUCAGGCAUAUUUCCUGACGAGUUGGGAAACUUGACAUUGUUAGAAACCUUUGACAUUUCAUUUAACAACAUCAAGGGAAUGAUACCAGGAACAAUGCAAAAUAUGUGUGAUUUGAGGUCUCUUGAUCUUAGCGGCAACAACAUCGGUGGGGACAUAACAAACUUGAUAGAUAAGAUACCCAAUUGUUCCUGGAAGAAUUUGCAUGAGCUGAGUCUGAUGAGUACAAACAUCACUGGCACAACAUUACAAUAUCUGGCAAAGCUUACUAGUUUAAGCAUUCUUGAUGUUAGUAACAACCAGUUGAGCUGUUCAGUUCCCGUGGAGAUUGGCAUACUUACAAAUUUGACUGAGUUAUACCUUGGAUUGAACAACUUGAGUGGUGUGAUAUCAGAAGAUCUUUUUGUUGGUCUGGUGAAUUUGAAGACCAUUGACUUAUCUUAUACUAAUCUAGAACUCAUUACCGACUCGCAUUGGGUACCUGGGUUCAACUUGGAUUAUGCAUGGUUUACAUCUUGUCAUCUAGGCCCCGAGUUUCCUAAUUGGCUUCGAUGGCAGAAGAGCAUUAUCCAUCUUGAUAUUUCAAACACGAGUCUAGUUGGUAGGAUUCCAGGUUGGUUUUGGACUAGCUUUUCUGAUGCUAGAGUUUUGGAAAUAUCUUUGAACCAACUUAGCGGUGAGCUACCGCUCAAUUUAGAGUUCAUGUCAGUACUUGCAAUUUCAAUGCAUUCAAAUCUAUUGACUGGUUUGAUACCCAGGUUACCAAGAAAAAUUGAGUUACUGGACAUAUCUAGAAACUCUUUAAAUGGGUUUGCAUCAAAUUUCCGAGCUCCAGGUCUGCAGGUUGCAAUUAUGUUUUCUAAUUCUAUAACUGGGACCAUUCCGACGUCAAUUUGUCAAAUGCGAAAUCUGCGGGUCUUAGAUCUUUCAAACAAUAUGCUUUCAGGAGAACUUCCUGAUUGUGGUGUAAAAGAGCUUAAACAACGGAACCCUUAUAUCGACAACUCUUCAAGAGUCAAUUCAAUGAGUUCUUUUAGUUUGCAGAUCACAACUAUCCUUCUAAGUAACAACAGUCUUUCAAGUGGAUUUCCUUUGGUCAUGCAACAGUGCCAAAAUCUUAUGUUUCUUGAUCUAAGUCGAAACAAAUUCACCGGAGAGUUACCUGGAUGGAUUACCAUGACUAGUUUGGUUAUACUACUGUUAAGAUCGAACAACUUUUCUGGUAACAUUCCAGCUGAAUUAAUGGAACUUCCUGCUGCUCGCAUUUUAGAUCUAUCCAAUAAUAACUUCUCUGGGGUCAUACCGAACUAUCUAGAAAACUUGAAAGCUUUGAUUGACGGUUCUGGUGAUGAUUAUGUGAAUCCUUUUGGAGAAUGGUACAAUGAAAAUUAUUUUCCCUAUGAUAUGGGAAUGUCAGAUGAUAGCUUCUCGGUGGUGAUAAAAGGGCAAGUGCUUCAGUACAGACAGAAUACUCUAUAUUUAAUGAGCAUUGAUUUAUCUUCCAACCAUUUAACUGGAGAAAUUCCAAUGCAACUAGGAUCCCUUAUCGGUCUCAUAAAUUUAAAUCUAUCAUCAAACUUAUUGACUGGAAAUAUCCCAUAUCAGAUCGGCAACCUUCGAUCACUUGAGUCUUUUGACCUCUCAAAGAACGCACUUGAAGGUGGAAUUCCUCAGUGCUUAUCAAACUUGACAUACUUGAGCUAUCUAAACUUGUCAUUCAACAACUUGUCUGGAAAAAUACCCUCGGGACAUCAACUUGACGUCCUCAACACAGAUGAUCCAGCUUCUAUGUACAUCGGUAAUCCCGGUCUUUGUGGCCAUCCAGUUCCAAGGCAAUGCCUUGGUCUUCCCGCAGAUCCGCUGGCUAACUGUGAUUCAGCAAUAUGGUCUGGAGGUGUUUUGUCUCAAAUGGAUUUCCUUCUAGGAUCAAUUGUUGGUUUUGUGGCAGGCACCUGGAUGGUAUUUUGUGGACUUCUCUUCAUGAAGAGGUGGAGGUAUGCUUAUUUCGGGCUAUUCGACCAGCUAUAUGACUGGUUGUAUGUUAUUUCCGUUACUUGGCAGAAAUGGUUCAAAAACGACACAGGCAAAAAGUAA